AUGGCAGCCAGUAGUAGCGGCAGGAGAUCCACAGGGGACUCGGGCAAGCUUCAUCCUGCGCACGCUGGACUGUUCAGGCCAUUGCUCGGUCCGGCAGACAGCAAUCCUGCUCGGUCGGGCUCAGGAACCGCUCGCAUGAUCUCAACCGUUCUCCUUGGAGCACCUCCGUUCACUUCGUCGACAAAGUCUAGCAACAAACGUCGUAAUCCCUCUCGUCAACGCGCGGCUUCAACUGACCGGACGCUCCCGAGCAAGCCCAACGGCCGAGAGAUCAAGGACGAUUUUGAAAGGCGCAUCUUUGAUGAUGCAGCUGCUCGGCCUUCUCUCAGGCGGCAAAACGCAGUUCCGUCUCAUCGUGUUGCGCGUGACAGUGAUGACACUGAGCUGGAAGAGCCGCCGAGUCCAUCGCUCUUGCCGGGCGGCUACACUUGGUCAGUAGGAAGAUCACAGGAGCAGAAUGGCAAGCAAUCCGAGCAGUACCAUGCAGCGCUCAGGCUGCCUCCGCCAUUGCUCGACGAUGCCAGCACACCGGAAAGCUUUGAGGGGCUGCUGGGCAUACGUCGUGAUAGAGAGACACAACGUAGCCUGGCUAGACAGCAACGAUUACAGGCUCGCGAUCGGCCGCCGCCCAAGAACUUCUCAGAGUCACUCCUCGGCGCAGCUAGCAAGCUGUACUAUACCCUCGCGCCCCCCACACUACCCCCUGCUCGUCCAGUCGCGAGACGUGCGCCAAGCUCGCAUUUUGUGGCCUCGCCCACAGCUCUCGAUGAUGAUAUACCCCUAUUAGACGAAGAGGAACAAGAAGCGAGCAAUCGCAAUUUGGUCAAAAUGGACCGCCGUCGCGAACGAUCAGAGCUUUCUCUGAAGGGCUAUGAAGCGACAGGCAAACUUGCUACACGUGUAGCAACGCGACUGCGGCGUGAAGCCUCAAGCAGACGCUCAAAAGCUGUUGCAGAAAGCAAAGGCUUGCAUUUGUCGCUUGACAGGGCGGACAGCCUUGUCGUCUCUGAAUCAACGAGAACAGAUCAGCGUACUCUUCCACCGCGAACGUUGACGCCAAGCGCUCUGUUUGCACCACAUACUCGCAGUCAAAGCGAGACGAAACCCACAGAUGUGGAAAGCGAAAUGCCCCUGAGUGUACCACGGGCGCCCCGCUUAGUAGCAUUAGAGUCUGACAUCCUGCCAUCGCCCUUUCCCUUCGAGCCAAGCAUACCUGCGCCAAACAAGCUGCAGCGACCUGCACAAGAGAACGACUACUUUGCAACAAGCCACAAGCAAACGCACCAGUCUCAUCUGUCUUUACUGCAUGCUCUACGCAGCAUGAUAGAGUACAUUCGAUCCAAGUCGGACGCACUGACUUGGCUGUUGAUUGGCGAUUUCCAAGAAGGUGCCCAGGUUGAAGAAGUCGGCGGUCUCAUCGGUGCAAUCUACCUCCUAGCUGGCUUCGUCUAUUUUGUGCUCGUCCACCUUGUUGCACUCCUUUAUUCUACAGCACAAGUCUUACGAACGGCAUCGCUAUUUGUAUACUGGAUCUUUGUCAACCUGACGGGCAAGACGGAUCUAUCUCGCGUCGUUAUGCGAUACUAUCGAUCUUGCAGGGCCGAAUGGGACUCGGUCGCAUCGCAGGAUCACGAGACACUCAGCUUGUGGGCCGUCAUACUUGGCUUGGCGGAGAUGGCGGCCGUGCAUGCUGUCACACGCGACCGCUAUCUUCUCGAGGGACCUGGUCAGCUCGAGCGAUUGUCUCCUGCAAGCCUGUCGGGGCCGAGCAAUGCUACAGCUCACUCUUCGCCCCGCAUGUCGCGUCGCCAGAAGCGGAAAUCCGUGUCAGCAGAAGGCGAGCAACUGAUUGUGACCAAGGACGAAAACAACAUUCUCGAAGGCACACUGUUCUCACCUCGAGCAGAUACUACGCAAGAGGAACGAUUUGCCUAUCUGGGCGGCAUCUUGCAGUCGCCCGCUCUGGAACCAAUGAAGCCUCGCAAGAGCCUCGACGCGAAGCAAGAUAGCGAUGACUUUAUGCGACGGCUCAAACGUCAUUGUCGGUUUUCGACUGCAUCAUACGGCCUUCACAGCUACAUCUUGCAUCCGCCCACGCCAUUAUUCACCCCGUCUGGAGCAACCCUGCCGCAUACGAUCUUUUCGUCUCUUAGCAAGAUAAGUGACAAGGCUUCUGUGUUGCAUGUCGCAAUCCAGAAAGAAUACUCGGGCGCCUGGGGAGCCGAUGAAGGCUCGGACACCGAAUCGGAAUGGGAGCCUAGUUUUUACCUCAUCAGAGAUCACGACAACCGCGAGAUUAUCGUCACAUUUCGCGGCACUCAAUCACUCCAUGACAUCGUCACAGAUCUAACAGCGGAUGACGAGACCCUGAUGCUGGACAACCUAGAAGGCGAUGGUCAGACAAGCUAUCGCAUCCAUUCCGGUAUUCUGAAAGCUGCGCGAAGGCUGAUCGAUGCUGACCGCUCGCCACUGUAUGCCACGCUGAAAACUGCCCUGCAAGAUAAUCCGGACUAUGCGCUCGCUCUGACGGGCCAUAGUCUCGGCGGUGCCGUUGCAUCCGCAGUCGCGAUACUGUUGGCGCAAUAUGAGCCAAGCGCCCAAGAUGCUGGCUCUGGGCGUUGGCGACUAUCAGCCAAAUGCGAUCUGCCUGGACCUCGCGAUGUGUAUGCCUAUUGCUACGCUCAUCCUACGACAUUAGAUGCAGCUCUGUGCGACUAUUGCGCCGCAGGCACACAGCCACUGGUCUACUCAGUAUGUCUUGCAGCCGACAUCAUUCCACGCAUCGGUCCCUCGCAGAUGCGUGAAACGCGUCGCAUACUCGGUCGACUUGCUCGCCUGCGUCGUGGCGUUAUGCCAAAGACGAAGCACGCACUCUUCGAGACGGAGGAAUCCCAGCAGCACGCUUCUUGGUCCAUCUUGCGGCUCUGGUGGCGAUGGCGUCGUCUCGGUGGCGGGGUCGUGCUUGCCGAGGGCCAAGAGCUGCCGGAAGAGGCUGCACAAUUGGCAGAGCACGCCUGGUCAAUCCGGAACGGACUGGAUAUGGCUUUGGACGAUUCGACGACGCGUGACGAGCCUGCAAUGAUGCGUCCACCUGGCAAAGUCUACCAUGUCGAUAGACUGCCUGUUGCAGAAGAAGCACGAGCCCGUCUGGAAGCCAGAUCUACGGCGUCACCAAACGAUGAGGAAGAAGAGGAGCGAUGGACGAUCUAUCGGGUGACAAAGCCGUCGUCCUUCUUUGCCUACCCUUGGCUCGAGUUGGACGCCGUUCGAGCUCACUUGCCGCAAGUCUAUCUAGACAGCAUAGAAGCGCUGUAA